GAUGCUAUUGGCAGAGCAGCAGUGAAGAAACUCACUUCCCUCCAUGGCACCAGAUACAAGGUUGGAAGCAUCUGCAACAUCAUCUAUCAAGCCAGCGGCGGCAGCAUCGACUGGUCUUACGACGAAGGCAUCAAGUACUCCUUCGCCUUUGAGCUGAGGGACACCGGUAACUCUGGUUUCCUCCUGCCGCCCACUCAGAUCAUCCCCACCGCCUCCGAGACCUGGCUGGCUCUCAAACACAUCAUGGAGUACGUCCGUGAUCAUCCUUAUUGAUCUCAGUAACAUGAGAAAGGAGGAUGUACAUUAAAAUGAUUUGACAAAGAAUAAAUGUCUCAUCUUUCUUUGCUGGUGUAUGAACUUCUGUCUUCAAUAUUGAACAAUAAAGUCAUGAAUAUAUAGUUUGUCUGUGUUUAUGGCAGACCUUUUUUUUAAUCUUUUCCAUGUUAUAUAAACUG